AUGUCAAAUAUUUAUAACCUUGAGCCGCCCACAAAGGGCAAGGUGAUCCUGCACACUAGCCUUGGCGACCUGGAGAUCGAGCUAUGGCCGAAAGAAGCGCCCAAGGCCUGCCGCAACUUCGUGCAGCUAUGCGCGGAGGGCUACUACGACAACACCAUUUUCCACAGAAUCAUCAAGGACUACAUCGCACAGGGUGGAGACCCCACGGGCACCGGCACGGGCGGCGAGUCCAUUUACGGGGAGCCCUUCCGGGAUGAGUUCCACUCGCGACUGCGGUUCACGCACCGGGGCCUGGUCGCAUGCGCCAACCAGAACGUGCCCCACAGCAAUGGCUCCCAGUUCUUCAUCACGCUGGACAAGGCCGACUUCCUCAACAACCGCAACACCAUCUUUGGGCGGGUGGUGGGGGACACCGUGUACAACAUGCUGCGGUUCAACGACAUCCCGGUUGAUGAUGAUGACCGGCCUCUGGAGCCGGUGGCGAUUCGGGAGGCGGAGGUGGUGUGGAACCCCUUUGAUGACCUGGCGCCGCGGGUGGAUAGGGAGGCACUCAGGGCGGAGCAACAGGCGCAGCGCGCCGCGGAUGAGGCGCGGAAGCGAUCUGCGGGACGCACCAAGAACCUGGCGCUGCUGUCCUUCGGGGACGAGGCGGAGGAGGAGGAGGAGGCGGUAGCGGCAGCAGCGGACCGCAAGACCACCAAGAUCCGUUCCGCACACGACGUGCUGACAGAGGACGAGCGGUAG